GCUGGGCCUCAGAUGAGACCGCAGCUCCAGUCAUCACCUUGAUUGCAGCUCACAGAAACUCCCAACCGACAGAAACUGUAGUUAGAGCAAGAAGAUGGUGUUUCCGUCCUUCAAACGGUCCCUUGCAACCAUGUCAUUUCUACUUUCCUCACUGUUGGCUCUCUUAACUGUGUCCACUCCUUCAUGGUGUCAGAUCAGUGAAGCAUCUCCAAAAGGUAGUAAUGGGAUGCCAUUUCCUUGGAAUAAAAUACGACUUCCUGAGUAUGUCAUCCCAGUUCAUUAUGAUCUCCUGAUCCAUGCAAACCUUACCACGCUGACCUUCUGGGGAACCACGGAAGUAGAAAUAACAGCCAGUCAGCCCACCAGCACCAUCAUCCUGCAUAGUCACCACCUGCAGAUAUCUAGGGCCACCCUCAGGAAAGGAGCUGGAGAGAGGCUAUCGGAAGAACCGCUUCAGAUCCUGGAACACCCUCCUCAGGAGCAAAUCGCGCUGCUGGCUCCUGAGCCCCUCCUUGUCGGGCUGCUGUACACAGUUGUCAUUCACUAUGCUGGCAAUCUUUCAGAGACUUUCCACGGAUUUUACAAAAGCACUUACAGAACCAAGGAAGGGGAACUGAGGAUACUUGCAUCAACACAAUUUGAACCCACUGCAGCUAGAAUGGCCUUUCCCUGCUUUGAUGAACCUGCCUUCAAAGCAAGUUUCUCAAUCAAAAUUAGAAGAGAGCCAAGGCACCUAGCCAUCUCCAAUAUGCCACUGGUGAAAUCUGUGACUGUUGCUGAAGGACUCAUAGAAGACCAUUUUGAUGUCACUGUGAAGAUGAGCACCUAUCUGGUGGCCUUCAUUAUUUCAGAUUUUGAGUCUGUCAGCAAGAUAACCAAGAGUGGAGUCAAGGUUUCUGUAUAUGCUGUGCCAGACAAGAUAAAUCAAGCAGAUUAUGCACUGGAUGCUGCGGUGACUCUUCUAGAUUUUUAUGAGGAUUAUUUCAACAUACCGUAUCCCCUACCCAAACAAGAUCUUGCUGCUAUUCCUGACUUUCAAUCUGGUGCUAUGGAAAACUGGGGACUAACAACAUACAGAGAAUCUGCUCUAUUGUUUGAUGCGGAAAAGUCUUCUGCAUCAAGUAAGCUUGGCAUCACAAUGAUUGUGGCCCAUGAACUGGCCCACCAGUGGUUUGGGAACCUGGUCACUAUGGAAUGGUGGAAUGAUCUUUGGCUAAAUGAGGGAUUUGCCAAAUUUAUGGAAUUUGUGUCUGUCAGUGUGACCCAUCCUGAACUGAAAGUUGAAGAUUAUUUCUUUGGCAAAUGUUUUGAUGCAAUGGAGGUAGAUGCUUUAAAUUCCUCACACCCUGUGUCUACACCUGUGGAGAAUCCUGCUCAGAUCCGGGAGAUGUUUGAUGAUGUUUCUUAUGAUAAGGGAGCUUGUAUUCUGAAUAUGCUAAGGGAGUAUCUUAGUGCUGAUGCAUUUAAAAGUGGUAUUGUACAGUAUCUCCAGAAGCAUAGCUAUAAAAAUACAAAAAACGAGGACCUGUGGGAUAGUAUGGCAAGUAUUUGCCCUACAGACGGUGUAAAAGGGAUGGAUGGCUUUUGCUCUAGAAGUCAACAUACAUCUUCAUUCUCACAUUGGCAUCAGGAAGGGCUGGAUGUGAAAACCAUGAUGAACACUUGGACACUGCAGAAGGGUUUUCCCCUGAUAACCAUCACAGUGAGGGGAAGGAAUGUACACAUGAAGCAAGAGCACUACAUGAAGGGCUCUGAAGGCGCCCCGGACACUGGGUACCUGUGGCAUGUUCCAUUGACGUUCAUCACCAGCAAAUCAGACAUGGUCCAUCGAUUUUUGCUAAAAACAAAAACAGAUGUGCUCAUCCUCCCAGAAGAGGUGGAAUGGAUCAAAUUUAAUGUGGGCAUGAAUGGCUAUUACAUUGUGCAUUACGAGGAUGAUGGAUGGGACUUUGGCCUUUUAAAAAGAACACACACAGCAGUCAGCAGUAACGAUCGGGCGAGUCUCAUUAACAAUGCAUUUCAGCUUGUCAGCAUUGGGAAGCUGUCCAUUGAAAAGGCCUUGGAUUUAUCCCUGUACUUGAAACAUGAAACUGAAAUUAUGCCCGUAUUUCAAGGUUUGAAUGAGCUGAUUCCUAUGUAUAAGUUAAUGGAGAAAAGAGAUAUGAAUGAAGUGGAAACUCAAUUCAAGGCCUUCCUCAUUAGGCUGCUAAGGGACCUCAUUGAUAAGCAGACGUGGACAGAUGAAGGCUCGGUCUCAGAGCGAAUGCUGCGGAGUCAGCUACUCCUCCUUGCCUGUGUGCGCAAGUAUCAGCCGUGCGUACAGAGGGCAGAAGGCUAUUUCAGGAAGUGGAAGGAAUCCAAUGGAAACUUGAGCCUGCCUAUCGAUGUGACCUUGGCAGUGUUUGCUGUGGGCGCCCAGAGCACAGAAGGCUGGGAUUUUCUUUAUAGUAAAUAUCAGUCUUCUUUGUCCAGUAUUGAGAAAGAACAAAUUGAAUUUGCCCUCUGCACAACCCAAAAUAAGGAAAAGCUUCAAUGGCUACUAGAUGAAAGCUUUAAGGGAGAUAAAAUAAAAACUCAGGAAUUUCCAGGAAUUCUUGUACUCAUCGGCAGGAACCCAGUAGGAUACCCACUGGCCUGGAAAUUUCUGAGGAAAAACUGGAACAAACUUGUACAGAAGUUUGAACUUGGCUCACAUUCCAUAGCCCACAUGGUAAUGGGUACAACAAAUCAAUUCUCCACAAGAACAUGGCUUGAAGAGGUAAAAGGAUUCUUCAGCUCUUUGAAAGAAAAUGGUUCUCAGCUCCGUUGUGUCCAACAGACAAUUGAAACCAUUGAAGAAAACAUCCGUUGGAUGGAUAAGAAUUUUGAUAAAAUCAGAGUGUGGCUGCAAAGUGAAAAGUUUGAACUUCUGUAAAAAUUCCUCCCUUGCCAGGUUCCUGUUAUCUCUAAUCACCAACAUUUUGUUGAGUGUAUUUUCAAACUAGAGAUGGCUGUUUUGGCUCCAGCUGAAGAUACUUUUUUCCCCUUCAACUCAUUUUUUGACUGUCCCGGUGAAAAGACUGGCUGUUAGUUUUUCAUGAGUGGGCUAUCGCUACCACGUGUUUCAUUCAUCACAGGUGUGGCCCUGCAAUGUAAACCCAAGUGUUGGGUUCCCUGCCACAGAGGAAUGAAGUGCCUUAUUCUUCUCAUUUUAUAUUUUACGCUUAAGCCCCCCAGUGUCCAAAACCCUGUGCCCCACAUUUGUCAUUCAUAAACUGUUUCAUCAAUUUCCUCGAAAGAUUCUGAAUAGUCGACUACUGAACAAUGAAUACCUGGAUCCGAGACUAAGCCAGAUGAUGGCUGAGUUAAAGCUCUGGCUCUCCCCGCUGACCCCUCCAGACUCGCUGCCCACCCCUCUCUUCCUUGCUCCAUGCCCAGGGGCUGACUUGUAAAGGCCAAGUCCUCAAGCUUCCUUGCCCUUUGGAUGUUGGUCAGUGGGGAGCCAGAGAGCUGGAGCUGGGGUCGGAGGAGGUAAUAGGUGUUCUUCCCUGAUUCCCUUACUGGAUGCCUCGGGCUGGCAUCCCCUGAGGGUCUUAGCUCCUGAGAGGGGACCCUCUUUUCCACACAGCCUUCUCCACCUCUGGAUUUUGGUAACUGCUCCCUCCUCAUCCCUUCAGGAUUAGGGGCCUCAGUGGGAGCCUGGCUUUUACUAGUCCUGGCGAGACUUGUGGUUUCCACAUAAUGUGCUUGUACUUUUGCAAAAA